UAUUGUUUUGCAUCCAAAUUACAGGUACUCGACGAGGCGGCAAGAGAACGUUUAGUCGCAAAUAUAGUGGACAGUUUAAAGCGUUGUCUACCAACAAUUCAAGAACGAGUCAUCGAAAACUACACAAAAGUUCAUCAGGAUUUCGGUGAUAUGCUUCGUAAAGAACUGCAAAAAGCAAUGGAACAUAAAAAGAAGCACGAACCGAAGAAGUUCAGUGCCAAAGAAAGCGUGAUGCUGCCAUGUGAAACCAAUCCGAAUAUGAAGAACAUCUCGGAUGUCUCUAAACACUGUCGAUUCUGA